UAGGGAUGUCUUCCUCCAACUCGUUGGGUUGGUGGGGGCGGCGGCCGCUUCGUUCAAUUGCAUCGGAUCUGAUCUCGAUUCGCUCCCGCCCCGCCGUCCAUCUAUCACCCACCACCACGGCUGUUGCGGCAAAGGCCAUGCCUGCGCGCGUGGCGGCGGAGAUCGCCGCGCUCCCGGAGCCGCGCGGGCCCAUGCGCCGCCUCUGCGGCGACCUCGCGCGCCGCAUCCGCCUCCUCGCGCCCCUCCUCCAGCAGCUCCAGGGCGCCUUGCCUCUCGCCGACGCACUCGGGGCAGCGCGCGACCUCCUCCGCGCAGUUCACGACGGCAGCAAGAUCUACCAGGCAAUGCGAGGGGAUGGCCUGCUCGACCGCUUCGCAAGCGUCAACAGGCAGAUUCAGCUGGCCCUGGAUGCCUUGCCUUACCACACCUUCGACAUGCCUGAAGAAGUGCAGGAGCAGGUCGCGCUUGUGCAUUCUCAGUUCAAAAGGGCUGCCACCAGAACGGAUCCACCAGACGCGCAGCUAGCAAAGGAUAUAUCCUCCGCCCUCGCUGACAAGACCUUUGACCCUCUGGCUUUCACAAGGAUCUCAGAGAAGCUGCAACUGCAGACCAUGGCCGAUAUCAAGAAAGAAUCUGUCGCCCUGCACGAGAUGGUCAUCUCCAGUGGCGGCGAACCUGAUGGCUGCGUCGAGGAGAUGUCUUCCUUGCUCAUGAAGCUCAAAGACUGUGUCAUCACUGAAAAAGCUCCCGCACCAGAGACACUCACCGCCAGGUCUGCCUCCAUAAAGCACAGAUCUCCAAUCAUCCCUGAUGAAUUCAGAUGCCCGAUAUCCCUUGAGCUCAUGCAAGACCCUGUCAUCGUUUCCAGCGGACAGACAUAUGAGCGAUCGUGCAUCCAGAAAUGGCUUGAUUCUGGACACAAGACGUGCCCUAAGACACAGCAGCCUCUCUCACAUACCUCACUGACACCAAACUUCGUCCUCAAAAGCCUAAUAGCUCAGUGGUGUGAAGCCAACGGCAUUGAGCUUCCGAAGAACAAGGCAAAUUCCAGGGAUAAGAAAUCAGCAAAAAGCUCUGACUAUGACCAUGCUGGUCUAGUCUCGCUAAUGACCAGGCUGAGGGGUGGGAACCAAGAUGAGCAGCGGGCUGCUGCUGGUGAGAUCCGUUUGCUUGCAAAGAGAAAUGUCAACAACCGGAUAUGCAUUGCUGAAGCAGGAGCAAUUCCCUUGCUUGUCAAUCUACUCUCCUCUUCGGAUCCAAGAACGCAGGAACAUGCUGUCACAGCGCUUCUUAACCUCUCCAUCCAUGAGAACAACAAGGCAAGCAUUGUGGGCUCUCAUGCUAUCCCUAAAAUUGUGGAAGUGCUGAAAACUGGGAGCAUGGAAGCCAGAGAGAAUGCAGCCGCCACAUUAUUCAGCUUGUCAGUUGUCGAUGAAAACAAGGUUACAAUUGGUGGUGCUGGCGCAAUACCUCCACUCAUUAAUCUUCUGUGUGAUGGGAGCCCAAGAGGCAAGAAAGAUGCAGCAACAGCAAUUUUUAAUCUGUGCAUAUAUCAGGGAAAUAAGACCCGAGCAGUCAAAGCUGGAAUCGUCAUCCAUCUGAUGAACUUCUUGGUGGAUCCUACCGGGGGAAUGACUGAUGAGGCACUCACUCUUCUGGCUAUCCUUGCUGGUAAUCCUGAAGCCAGGGCUGUAAUUGCACAGUCGGAUCCGAUUCCCCCACUUGUAGAGGUAAUUAAAACAGGGUCUCCUCGCAACAGAGAAAACGCUGCAGCCAUUCUGUGGUCGCUUUGUUGUGCUGAUGUUGAGCAAACGAGGGCUGCAAAAGCUGCUGGAGCGGAGGAUGCACUCAAGGAACUGUUGGAGUCUGGCACGGACCGUGCAAAGAGAAAAUCUUCUAGCAUUCUGGAACUCAUGCGGCAAGCUGAAGAAGCUUGAACCUGGCCCUUGUAGAUUUUCUGAAUUGAGGUUGUGGCUUUGCUAUAUUGUACACAAAAAUACUAAAUGCCUCUUAAUAGUGUUGACAUUUGAGAUAUAUCUGUAGGCAGGAGUGUUAAGAUUUUAAGAAUUUUCUGUAAACAUGUAAAUUGGUUGUAUAAUAUUGAAAGUCAGCCCAAGAUGUACUUUUGAUUUGAAAAAAGGAUACUGUAGACAUCUGUAUGUGAUUCAACUUGGUGGUUAUUAUUGUUUCA